CGGUAGAAUCAGGUGGAAUGGGAGACGUGUCCACAGUAUAUAAAAGAGCGAUGCUACCGCGAAUCGGCUUCUGAACUGGGGCUGAUUUAUUCGUUGGAUUAUUCCUAUUGUUUCUGUAAUUAGACAAUACGAAUCAUCCUCGCGAUGGCCCUCAGUCAGACAAGCGUGCUAAGAUUAUACAAUACUGUGAUAGAGGAUGUUAUAUCAGGUGUAAGGGAAUCAUUUAUAGAUGAAGGUGUAGAUGAACAAGUGCUACUAGAGCUCAAACAAAUAUGGGAAACAAAAUUAAUGUCUAGCAAAGCUGUUGAACUUAAUCCAGAUCCACCAGAACCUCAAGUCCCACAAAUAAAUACGCACAAAACUGUGCCUGUCAAUAAAGGAAUAAAUGUAGGAAAUCAUUUUGUACAACAAACGGGAGGAAAUGCAAAUGCACAGCCAUCGUCUCAGCAGCAACAGCAACAACAACAACAACAACAGCAGCAGCAGCAACAACAACAACAGGCACAACAACCACAACAGCAAACGCAAACCCAAACUCAUUCGACCACAGCUGUCAUGCAACAACAUACUAGUACUCCGGUACAACAAUUGGUAACAUCUACGUCUGCAGUAAUGGAUCGACAAGUUCCUAUUCAGAUCACAUUACCACCACAGACUGGUGUACCAGAUGGUCAACAAAGAGUAUUGACUAUACAUGUUCCUGCAUCAGCAAUUCAAGGCAACCAGUUGCACACAAUUUUGACAGGUCCAGUUAUUUCAGCUGCAAUGGGAUUACCAGCAACUUUGGCAUCCACACUGCUCCAACAGCAUGUCAAUUCCACCCUUCAGGGUCAAGCAACAUUGCCACCCCUCCAAGUGAAUCAGCCACUUCAGGUUGUUACACAGAGUACAAAUAAUGUCUCUCAGCGACCUGUACAAAAUCAGAACAAUAUAGCACAAUUAGAUGGUCCACUUGGAGAUUCAUCGGACGAUGAUGAAGAAGAAGAAGAAGAGGAUAACGAAGAUGAAGAAGAAGAUCUUGAAGACAAAGAAGAAGAGGAAAACGAUGAAGCUGCAGCAAGAGAAGAGGAGCCAUUAAAUUCAGAAGAUGAUGUUACAGAUGAUGAUCCAGCAGAUCUUUUUGAUACUGAUAAUGUAGUCGUUUGUCAAUACGACAAGAUAACUAGGAGUAGAAACAAAUGGAAAUUCUACCUCAAAGACGGUAUAAUGAACCUCAGUGGUAAGGAUUAUGUUUUUCAGAAAAUGAACGGGGAUGCGGAAUGGUAAAAACUCCUAUGUAAAACUAUGGAAAUUGACCUUGAUGAUGUGUUCACGUGAAAUUGAUAUAAAAAUUUUACACUAGAUUUGUGCUUCUACAAAAAUUCUUUUGAACUUAGAAGCAAGUUUUAAAGAAUAAAUAGGAAAUUUAUUAUUGAUUGAAAGUUAAUUCAUUCUGAGAUAGACUCGGAUAGAAUUCUUUUGGGAAAUAAAUGCAUUGAAACCUCUAUUAAUCAUAUUAAUAAAAACAUUUAUGUCUUUUAAACUGUAUUAUAGGAUGAUUAAAUUCUAAAAUGGAAAUUAUAUUUUUUUUGCAAAGACUUAAAAAGGGUUACACAGGAAAAAUCAAUCCAGUAUUAUCUAAAUCAAUAGUAAGAAUAUUCUUUUGAGUAAUUAGGGUUUCAUUGCAUAAUUAAUUGCAUAAUUAAUUGCAUAAUCAAGCAAAUAUCCUAAAUUAUAUUUUGAGGGGCCCCAUUAGUGGGAAUUUUUCACGUGAGUUUAAUGUGUAAAUAGAUUCUAAGGGAUUGCAAUCUACCACAAGUAUGUGAUGCUCUUGAAAAUAAAUGUGUCUUAUACUGUUAAAGAUUUCAAUAUAAAAUAUUUCCUAUAAGA